AUAGCCGUCGGCUUUACAAGAACGCCCAUCUCCAGAAGCUUCCUUAAACCCCUAUUUCCCCUGAAACCCUAUCAAAACCCUCGCGCAGUCUCGGAGAACCUUUCCAUUUCGUUUCUGUUAGAUUCGAUUCCACAAAUAUGCACAGGCUAUCUAGGCGUUCUGUGAACUCUCUCCUCCGUUACGGUGGCCAUCUCCGCCGUGAUGCAGUGGCUGGGGCAUCCAUUGGUUCUUUUAAUAUCAACGAAUCGAGUGGAGAGAGGAAUGCCAAUGACAGAUGGUACUCUGUUUCAUCAACUGCAACAAGCAGUGGGCCUGCUUCCACAAAGCCUUUGAAACUAGGAAACAUGCUUUCAACUGGGAUACGUUAUGAGUCAACAGUAUCUGACUUUCAAACACCAGAUCCACCUGUGGAAAAGUAUGAAUAUCAAGCAGAGGUAAGUCGUCUUAUGGACCUUAUAGUUAACAGUCUAUACAGCAACAAAGAGGUCUUCCUUCGUGAACUUAUCAGCAAUGCAAGUGAUGCAUUGGACAAGCUUCGAUUCCUUAGUGUUACUGAUCAACAGCUUUUGGAGGGUGCUUCAGAACUUGACAUACGUAUUAAAACCGAUCAAGAAAAUGGAAUAAUCACCAUACAGGACUCUGGUAUUGGUAUGACUCACCAAGAACUAGUUGACUCUCUUGGAACAAUUGCCCACAGUGGAACUGCAAAGUUUCUCAAAGCCUUAAAGGAUAGCAAAGAAGCUGGCUCAGAUAGCAAUUUGAUUGGUCAAUUUGGUGUGGGAUUUUAUUCUGCUUUCUUAGUUGCUGAUAAAGUGGUUGUGUCAACAAAAAGUCCAAAGUCUGAUAAGCAAUAUGUUUGGGAAGGAGAAGCAAAUUCUGACUCUUAUAUUAUCAGAGAAGAGACUGAUCCUGAAAAGUUCAUUUCUAGAGGAUCUUGCAUCACAUUACAUCUCAAGCGUGAUGAUAAAGGGUUUGCUCAUCCAGAAAAAAUCGAGAGGCUUAUUAAAAAUUAUUCACAAUUUGUGUCAUUUCCAAUUUACACAUGGCAAGAAAAGGGAUACACAAAAGAGAUUGAAGUUGAUGAAGAUCCUUCUGAAUCCAAAAAAGAUGAGACUGAUGACAAUGUUGCUAAAAAGAAGAAAACCAAGAAAGUUGUUGAGAAAUACUGGGAGUGGGAUCUCACUAAUGAGACACAACCCAUAUGGCUUAGGAACCCUAAGGAAGUUACAACAGAGGAAUAUAAUGAAUUCUACAAGAAGACAUUUAAUGAAUAUGUAGAGCCUUUAGCUUCUUCACACUUCACAACAGAGGGAGAGGUGGAGUUCAGAUCCAUUUUGUAUGUGCCAGCUGUCACUCCCAUGGGGAAAGAAGACAUUGCCAAUCCAAAAACCAAGAACAUAAGACUCUAUGUCAAACGUGUCUUCAUUUCAGAUGACUUUGAUGGAGAAUUGUUUCCACGAUACCUAAGCUUUGUGAAAGGUGUUGUUGACUCCAAUGAUCUUCCCUUGAAUGUAUCACGUGAAAUCCUCCAAGAAAGCCGAGUUGUACGUAUAAUGAGGAAACGAUUGGUUCGAAAGGCAUUUGACAUGAUUCUUGGCAUAUCCAUGAGUGAAAACCGAGAGGAUUAUGAAAAAUUCUGGGAGAAUUUCGGGAAGCAUUUGAAAUUAGGAUGCAUUGAAGAUCGUGAAAACCACAAAAGACUUGCUCCAUUGCUUCGAUUUUUCUCUUCACAAAGUGAAGAAGAAAUGAUAAGUUUAGAUGAAUAUGUUGAAAACAUGAAACCUGAACAAAAAGAUAUUUACUACAUUGCUGCUGAUAGUGUCACAAGUGCAAAAAACACACCUUUCCUUGAAAGACUCUAUGAGAAAGAUCUCGAAGUGUUGUUUUUAGUUGACCCUAUCGAUGAAGUUGCUGUUACAAAUCUUAAAUCAUAUAAAGAAAAGAACUUUGUUGACAUCAGCAAGGAAGACUUGGAUAUUGGUGACAAAAAUGAGGAAAAGGAAAAAGAAAUGAAACAAGAAUUUGGACAUGUUUGUGAUUGGAUGAAAAAACGUUUGGGUGACAAGGUUGCAAGUGUACAAAUAUCAAAUCGGUUAAAAGCUUCCCCUUGUGUACUUGUUUCCGGAAAGUUCGGUUGGUCUGCCAACAUGGAAAGGUUGAUGAAGGCACAGACGGUUGGAGACUCGUCUAGUUUGGACUUCAUGAGAAGUAGGAGGGUGUUUGAGAUUAAUCCGGAACAUCCAAUCAUUCAGACAUUGACUGAGGCUUGCAGGAGUAAUGCUGAGGAUGAUGAGGCAAUGAGAGCUAUUGACCUUUUAUAUGAUACUGCCUUGAUUUCCAGUGGUUUCACUCCUGAGAGCCCGUCGCAUUUUGGGGGAAAGAUUUAUGAGAUGAUGAACAUGGCCUUAUCAAACAAAUGGAAGCUUCCGGAAACACAAGAGGCUGAAGUAGUAGUGUCUGAACCACAACAGACGUUGGAAGCAGAGGUGGUUGAACCUGUUCAGACAACUUCUCAGAAAUGAGUUGGUUGAAAUCAAUUGGGACUACUCUAUUUUUUUUUUUCUUUCUAGUGUUUGAAAGCGAUAAGAAAUUACGAAUAUGUAGUGAUACUUUUUACCAGAGUGAGUCAUGGAUUUUGGUUAAACUUUCAAUGAGCUACACAUUUUUUGGGAGUAUUUCACAAGGUGAUUUCCGACGUACUUAUUUAA